GGGAUUGAGGUGUAGUUAUUGUGGAGAAAUGACACAUGGUGAACACUGUGUUGACAGGGACUGCUGGAGACCAAACAGAACACGUUCUUUCCAUUCAUUUCUUCUACUUUACUGAGCAAAGUUGCAUAGGAGUACCUGCGCAAGAAAACGUUCCAAGAUGGGAAAUGGGUCGAUGAAACUAAACCCUCUCAAGCAGGUCGGUGGCUCAGGCAAGUCCAAAAACAAUGGGGAAUCAAGCUCGGCUCCUCAGGUCCUCAGAGUCAGGGUGGAGGAGCUGGAGAACCAGCUGAAGAAGAAAAAUGAAGACCUGAAUGCCAAGGAGCUUCAGAUCAAACAUCUCGAGGAGCAGCUGGCCCAGCAGAGACAGGCAAUCUCAGAGAUCUCUGAUGCUUUGAGGAACAAGUGCUUCCAACUCAAUAAGCUCCAGGAUGCACUGAAGAAUCAAGAGGAGUUGGGUCUUCUGCCAUCACCUAUCAAGGAAAAGGUCAGUCAGUGUCUCACUGGCCUACUCAGAGAUACCCUCAACAGGAGGAAAGGAGCAAAAGCUGGGGUGUCUGCAGAGCCUUCAUCAAGAACAUUUGACUCUAGCGGUAUACCUAAAUUCUACUUUGAGAGUGCACGAGUCUGGAAAGAGCAAAGUGUAAAAAAGCUCCUCACAGAUGCCUUGAAUAAGAACCAAUAUCUGAGGAGACUGGAAGUGCAGCAAUUGAAAGACAUGGUGGAGUGUAUGUACGAGAGGACGUACCAGCAGGGAGAAUAUGUAAUUAAACAGGGAGAGCUGGGCAACCACCUGUUUGUGCUUGCAGAGGGCAAGCUGGAUGUCUAUCAGCACAACAAACUGCUCACAUCAAUAGCAGUCUGGACCACAUUUGGUGAAUUAGCCAUUUUAUACAAUUGCACAAGGACUGCAUCGGUGAAAGCUGCCAGCAAUGUGAAGACAUGGGCCCUUGAUCGAGAAGUCUUUCACAACAUCAUGCGUAUGACUGCUGAGGCUCGGCACGAGCAGUACCGCAACUUCCUGAGGAGUGUUUCACUUCUUGCCAGUCUGCCUGGGGACAAACUAACCAAGAUUGUUGACUGCUUAGAGGUGGAGUAUUAUAAUAAAGGAGACUACAUCAUCAGGGAGGGAGAGGAAGGAAACACCUUCUACAUAAUUGCCAAUGGGAAGAUUAAAGUCACUCAAAGCACACAGGAUCAUGAAGAGCCUCAGAUCAUUAACACAUUGGGGAAGGGGGAUUAUUUUGGAGAGAAGGCUCUCAUCAGUGAUGAUGUCAGAUCAGCAAAUAUAAUCGCAGAUGAGGAUGGAGUGGAAUGCCUUGUCAUUGAUCGAGAAACUUUCAGUCAGACUGUUGGAACUUUUGAUGAGCUGAAGAAGUACCUCCAAAGCUAUGUUGAUAAUUUAUCACGUGAUGAUAAAAAAAGAAAUGCAAAGAGGUCAGGAAGCAGCACCCCACCUGGCCCACCACUGUCGCAUGACAUGAUAGAGUUGAAAGAGAGAGAAAGCAGCUUUGCUUUUGCUAUACCUUUUAGCAGCCUAGAAGUUAUUGCCACACUUGGAGUUGGAGGCUUUGGGAGAGUUGAAUUGGUGAAAGUAAAGAAUGAAAAUGUGACAUUCGCUCUGAAAUGUAUCAAGAAGCGCCACAUUGUGGAUAAUAGACAGGAAGAGCACAUUUACUCCGAGAGGAGGAUUUUGCUUGAGACACACUCUCCUUUCAUUGUUAAAAUGUAUCGUACCUUCAAAGACAACAAGUAUGUGUACAUGCUGUUGGAGGCGUGCCUCGGUGGAGAGAUCUGGAGCCUUCUGCGAGACAGGGGGAGUUUUGAUGAGUACACAGCCAAGUUCUGUGUGGGCUGUGUCACAGAGGCCUUUGACUAUCUCCACAACAAUGGAAUCAUAUACAGGGACCUGAAGCCUGAGAAUCUGAUGCUAGAUGCUGAUGGAUACGUCAAAUUGGUGGAUUUUGGCUUUGCUAAGAAGCUCAAAUGUGGUCAGAGAACUUGGACGUUCUGCGGGACUCCAGAGUAUGUUGCGCCAGAGAUCAUUCUCAAUAGAGGCCAUGGCCUCAGUGUGGACUUCUGGUCUCUUGGAAUCCUGAUCUUUGAACUCCUCACAGGAAGCCCUCCUUUUAUUGGCUCAGAUCAGAUGAUUAUAUACACAUUCAUUCUGAAAGGAAUUGAGAAGAUGGACUUCCCUAAAAAAAUCAGCAAAAGGCCAGGCGACCUUAUUCGCAAGCUGUGCAGGCAAAACCCUUCAGAGCGACUGGGCAAUCUGAAGAAUGGAAUAACAGAUAUUAAAAAACACAGAUGGUUUACCGGUUUUAGCUGGGGUGGUUUGAAAUCCAGAAGUCUGAUAUCGCCACUUAAAAGAGAGGUGAAGGGUCCCACUGACCACAGUUACUUUGACAGUUAUCCUCCCGAUGAAGAAAUUCCUCCCGAUGAAAUGUCUGGUUGGGACACGGACUUCUAAGUGUCCCCUCUAUACACCCUUGUGUGUCAAACAGUAUGAGUCAAACAAAACUCUUCUGCCAUUUCACAUCUCCAACAUGCCAGCCUUUCUUGCGAGGAAACUCAGAUAAUGAAGCCAACAGAAUCAGUGUGUGUGUGCUGCAACAAAGGACUCCUUGACUGGAGGCUGCUAUUGUGGUGGAGUCGUAGGCACAGCAGAGGAGGA